AUGUCCGGGAAAAUUUAUACAAUAUCACAACGCGUAUUAAUUCAUAAAAACGAAGAUGCCAAAAAAUUGCCUCAACACAUUGCCAGUUUGUCAGCAACACUCGGAGCUUUAGCAGUCGGUACGGUACUAAGCUGGACGUCAUCUGCUGGCACUGGUGGAAAAUUAUUACAAGAUGUCUAUGAAAUACAAAUUUCUGACACUGAAUUUUCAUUGAUCGGUUCACUAUCUGCACUCGGAGCAGGAGCGGCAUGUAUUCCUACUGGAAUUCUUACUAAUUUCAUAGGAAGAAAACUUUUGAUGCUUUCGACAAUAAUACCCUUUACUGUCGGUUGGUUGCUUAUUAUUUUCGCUAACUCCGUUCUUAUGCUUUAUUUUGGUAGAUUCAUUGCUGGCAUUAGUGUUGGAGCAUUUUGCGUAGUUGCUCCUAUGUACACGGCAGAAAUAGCAGAAGCUAAGAUUCGUGGAAGUCUAGGAUCUUAUUUUGUAUUACUUCUAAAUGUUGGCAUUUUAUUGUCCUAUGUUCUGGGAAGUGUUGUGCACAUACGCGUAUUAUCUAUUCUAUCCGCUAUUGCACCGUUCAUAUUUUUUGGAGUAUUCGUGUUUAUGCCAGAAUCACCUAUUUAUUAUGUACAAAAAGGCGACGAAGACUCUGCAAGGAAAAGUUUAAUAAAAUUACGUGGCAGCCAGUAUAAUGUUGAGAAUGAAUUACAAGAGCAACGAGAGACACUUGAACAACAUGCUAAAAUGGCAGCGACUUUUUUCGUCGUUCUCAAAUCUAGAGCUACCGUAAGAGCUUUUAUAAUUUCUUGGGGCCUCAUGUUUUUUCAACAGCUAAGUGGUAUGAACGCUAUUGUCUUUUAUAUCACCAUUAUUUUUGAACAAACUGGUAGUGCUCUAAGUCCUAGUACAUCUACCAUUAUUGUAGGUGUAACACAAAUAGUAUCUGUACUUAUAAGCUCACUAACUGUAGAUCACUUAGGUAGGAAGAUGUUGUUAAUAGGAUCUGCAAUAUUCAUGUGCCUAUCAACUUUUGCUCUCGGUUUAUAUUUCUUUCUCUCACAUGAUGGCCAUGAUGUUAGCGCAAUUGAAUGGUUACCUUUAUUAUCUGUAUGUGUCUUUAUUGUUGCAUUCAGCCUCGGUUUCGGACCUGUUCCAUGGAUGAUGCUUGGUGAAAUUUUUGCACUAAAAGUAAAAGGUGUGGCUGCAAGUAGUGCUGCUCUUCUAAACUGGUUGUUAGUUUUCUUUGUAACUAAAUUUUAUAAUGAUUUAGUAAUAGCUAUUGGUAAUUGUCCUACAUUUUUGUUGUUUUCUAUAAUAAGCGGUAUGGGAGGUUUCUUCGUAUAUUUCCUAGUUCCUGAAACAAAAGGCAAAUCUUUGGUAGAUAUUCAAAAGGAUCUGGAAAACUCUCUGGUUUAUUAUAUACAAAAAGGCGACGAAGACUCUGCAAGGAAAAGUUUAAUCAAAUUACGUGGCAGCCAGUAUAACGUUGAGAAUGAUUUACAAGAGCAACGAGAGGCACUUGAACAACAUGCUAAAAUGGCAACGUUUUUUUUCGUCGUACUCAAAUCUAGAGCUACUGUGAAAGCCUUUAUAAUUUCUUACGGCCUCAUGUUCUUUCAACAGCUAAGCGGUUUGAAUAUUAUCAUCUUUUAUGCCACCAGUAUUUUUGAACAAACUGGUAGUGCUAUGAAUCCUAACAUGUCCACCAUUAUUGUAGGUGCAAUACAAAUAGUAGCUAUCCUUAUAAGCUCAUUGACUGUAGAUCAUUUAGGUAGAAGGAUAUUGUUAAUAGGAUCUGCAAUAUUCAUGUAUCUUUCAAGUUUUGCUCUUGGGUUAUAUUUCUACCUCUUGCAAGGUGGCUAUGAUGUUAGCUCAAUUAAAUGGUUACCUUUAUUGUCUGUAUGUACUUUUAUUGCUUUAUUCAACAUCGGUUUCGGACCUCUUCCAUGGAUGAUGCUUGGUGAAAUUUUUGCACUAAAAGUAAAAGGUGUGGCUGCAAGUAGUGCUGCUCUUCUAAACUGGUUGUUAGUUUUCUUUGUAACUAAAUUUUAUAAUGAUUUAGUAAUAGCUAUUGGUAAUUGUCCUACAUUUUUGUUGUUUUCUAUAAUAAGCGGUAUGGGAGGUUUCUUCGUAUAUUUCCUAGUUCCUGAAACAAAAGGCAAAUCUUUGGUAGAUAUUCAAAAGGAUCUGGAAAACUCGUGA